UAAACUACCAAACUCUCCGUGCGAUAUUUCCGAUGGCGCGCGGGUCCUCGACUCCGGCCCGGCGCUAUUAAAGGCGGUCGCCUUGCCCGCUUCGUUACCUAGCGAGCUCAGACCUUCGAUCAAAGACGGCAGGGCGACGCAGCCACAUCACCACCACCACCUACAAAGCCUCCUAGCCUGGUCUCUAGGUGGACGUACAUGGAGACGAUGGUGGCGAACGGCGGUGGGGAGGGCCGGGCGGCGGCGAGGUACGGGGACAGGGAGCAGCAGGGCGCGGGGUGCGGAGGCGCGCGCCGCUUCCAGAUGCCGCUGCACUACCCGAGGUACACCAGGGCCAACUACGAGGCCAUGCCCGAGUGGCAGCUCGACCGCCUCCUCUCCGACUACGGCCUCCCCGUCCACGGCAGCGUCCAGCAGAAGCGCAGCUUCGCCAUGGGGGCCUUCCUCUGGGGCGCCGGCAACUGAUACCGCUGCCGGCCGUACGUCUAGUCUUCUCCCGCGACCAUGGAGCCGUGCUCAUGAAUCAUUCAUGACUAGCUUACGAUGGACCUGGGAGACGAUGUACUACUGUACUAUUAUCCGUAUAUGCAGAGAUCGACUAGCUAGCUAGCUACGAAGGUUUUUCUAUAUAUAUAGUUUCUAUUUGCUUGCUAUGAAAUGGCAUAUAUAUGUGUCUUGUAUGCUAAUUUGGACGCGUUGAUCUUUUGAAUUUCAAGUACUAGCUAGCUAGUGGUGGCUGAUGUGUGAAACUGAGGAUUGCGAAUGUCUUAAGCUUCUUAAUGUAUAGUUAAUUUAUGCUCUA